ACAUAUGUUUUAGUGUAAUAUCGCAUAACUGUAUUAACGGUCUUAUAAUUAGUGACCAUUGAAUUGAAGUGAGUCUUACACUCGUGUCAUACAAUGCAAGGCAUGCAGAAGAGAAGAUUACAAACCAAAGCAUGUAUUGCCGGCGCAAAGACUUUCUUAAUGUUAUUCAAUAUUGUUUUUUGGUUCGUUGGCAUAAUACUGUUAAUAUCAGGAAUAUGGAUGAGGGCAUCGAUAGCCCGGGUGUUUGAAGUCUCUCAAUUCCACUUCGCAUUGCCCUCGCUAUUCAUUUGCACGGGUAUUGCAAUGGUUAUGAUCGGAGUGUUUGCCUGUUGUUGUACUACCAAUGAAAAGCCUACACUGCUCUUCACGUUAUCGAUAUUCUUCUUCAUCGUGUUUGUUAUGGUAUUCUCGGCUUCAAUAACGGGUUACGUAUACAGAGAUAAUCUCAAAGAAAGUCUUCACAACUCUCUUAACCAAACUUUACUUGAAUACGGAACUGGAGGUAUACUCGACAUGGAUUGGGAUCGCGUUCAGCAAAAUUUGGAGUGCUGUGGAGUGGACAGCUUUAAAGACUGGAUAUACACGGAGUGGGCCAAUGAGAACCGUACGUUUCCCAACAGUUGCUGCCGAGACGGCAAAGUGUGCGACAAUGUAGACAACGACCAAAUUUAUCUCAACGGAUGCUACCAAGAAAUCCUCAAUCUCUUACAUAAUAACUUGAAUGGAAUCGCAAUUGGAAUGCUUUUGGUUGCCUUCUUUCAGAUAAUUGGAAUGAGUCUCUCCUGCUGUUUGGCCCUCAAUAUAAACAAAGCACUCUAUGAGGAGAUGUUGGAGUGAUUGUCAUAUCAACUCAUAUUUUACUCAUUGUUUUAUCAGUUAUAAUAUUAACUCAUUUUUAGAACCAUUUUAUACAAAAUGCUUAAAAGUUGCACAAAAUAAAGUUUAGUAA